AUGGGUAGCUUGGGGGCAUUGCUUGCAUUCACCUCUCGGGAUGAUGUUGAUUUCUUCUCUCAUUUGGAGAUGCACUUGAGGCAGGAACACCCGCCUUUAUGUGGAAGAGACCACAUGGCCUAUAGAUCUGCCUAUUUUCCAGUGAAGGAUGUGAUUGAUGGAGAUUUGUGUGAACAAUUUCCAACUUUGCCCCUGGACCUACAGCGAAAAAUUGCUGAUGAAUUGGAUAGAACUCCGGCAGAGAUUUUGAAAAAAUUGGAAGAAGUGCGAAAUAAGAUCAUAUGA